AAUAAAACAUCGGUGCCUGGUGUAAACAAAACAGGGAAAUCUGGGAGUCGUAGAUUGAGUAGUAUAAGUCUUUAGAACAAAGUUUAUUUACAACUAUGUCCGACGAGUACGCUUGCGUUGCCAAGGGCAAGCUAAAACUCAAAAACGAUUCGGAUAUUAAGAAAAAGAAGAAGCACAAGAGCAAGGACAAGGAGAAAGAGCGGCAGAAGGCGUACCUGGAGCAACAACUGGCGGAGGCUAGCGCCACUAGUUCGUCAGCCGCCAGCGGCUACGAACGCAAGCUCACCAAAUCGGAGAUGGCCAGUAAGAAGCAGCAGGAAAAGAUGCGAAACAAGCGGAUUAUGGACAAGGCACAAACCACCCACAAGGAACGGGUGGAGAAGUUCAACGAACACCUGGACACGCUUACCGAGCACUUUGAUAUUCCCAAGGUGUCCUGGACGAAAUAAGGCGCCGAUAAUCGUAACUUAAAGCAUACAUUUAUUAUUAGGUUAAGUAAUUUCGACUAUGUUGUGACCUGGGGCGCGGGAUAAGUGAGAGAGAGGCCAAAAUAAACAAUCCAAAUGGCACAACUAA